AUGGCGCCCGGCGAGCGCGACGGCGGCGCCGAGGCCGCGGCGCGGUACCGGCAGUACGAAUACAAAGCGAACGCGUCGCUGGUGCUCGAGAGCGACCGGCGCGGACGGGGACGGGGCGAACCGACGGGCGCGGCGGAGUCGUUGCUGGGACGGAUCGAUCCGGGACAGUUUGGAGACCGCGUUGGGGUCGGGGCGGCGAGGGAAUUCGCGGACCAGCGGUCGAGGGCGGAGAAGCGCAGGGCGGAGAAGCGCGCGAGAGGCGAGCCGGGCGACGAGAGAGGCGAUAAGAGGAGACACGCGGGCGCGAGCAUUUUGGGUGGCGGUGAUUUGGGAUUGUAUAAACCGAAGACGCGGGAGACUAGGGCGGCGUACGAGGGGUUGCUGAGCGUUUUGGCGAGCGUGUUCGGGGAUCAGCCGCAAGACGUCAUGCGCGGCGCCGCGGACGAGGUUUUAGCCGCUCUGAAGGAGGAGGGAAAGACGGAGCGUGAGAAGCAAAAGAGCGUGGAGUCACUCAUGGGCGAGCUCACGACUGAGCGUUUCGCGCAGAUCACGGCGAUCGGGAAGCUCAUCACCGAUUUCUCGAUCCCGGGCGAGAACGAGGGCGGCGCCGGCGAGGAGUUGGACGACGACAUCGGCGUCGCCGUCGAGUUCGAGGAGGAGGAAGAGGAAGACUCCGAGGUUGACGAGGUUCUCGAGGCGUCGGACAUCGACGAGGACGACGAGGGCGACGAGGUUGAGUACGCCGCCGCCGUGGGUGGUAUGAUGCAGGACGAAGAGUACGCGCCAAACGCAGACAACGGGCUGAACCCGGCGGACAUCGACGCGCACUGGUUGCAGCGCGCCAUCUCCAAGGCUUUCGGUUUCACCGACUCCGACGCCGCGGAGAGCUUGGAUCUCUCCGAGGAGGUUUUCAAGGCUUUGGCCACGGAUGACGAUCGUGAUUGCGAGAACGCUCUCGUCUCCCUACUCGACUACGACAAGUUUGACUUGAUCAAGGUGCUCUUGAAGAACCGGUUCAAGGUGUACUGGUGCACCAAGCUCGCGCGCUCGGCGAGCGAAGCCGAGACGGCGGAUAUUGAAGAACAGAUGAAGGCACAUGCUGAAUCGGCCGAUAUUUUGGCCGCCAUGCGCGCGACGCGAGCCUCGGCGCGCGAUCGCCAGACGGCAACGGAGCAGAAGAUUCGCGAAGAGGCGCGAAAGCUUCGCAGUGAAAUGGCGCAACAACGAACGCAAGCCGGCAGCGGUGCCGCCGCAGCCGGACGUCAGCUCUUAGAGCUAGACACUUUAGCGUUCGCGCAGGGAUCACACUUCAUGAGCAACAAGAGAUGCGAGCUCCCGCCCGGUUCGUUCCGCAACGCGAAGAAAGGAUACGAGGAAGUGCACAUUCCCGCCUCAAAACCGAAGCCUUUCGAGGAUGGUGAGGUGCUUCGCUCCAUCGAAGAGAUGCCGUCUUGGACGCAUCCCGCUUUCGAGGGGAUGAAGAGCCUCAACCGCGUCCAGAGCCGAGUGUACGAGUGCGCGCUCCUGUCGCCCGAGAAUAUGCUCUUGUGCGCGCCGACGGGCGCGGGUAAGACGAACGUCGCCGUUCUAACCAUCCUGCACGAGAUCGGUCUGCAUCGUAGACGCGAUGGCACGGUCGAUACCUCGGCGUUCAAGAUUGUGUACGUGGCGCCGAUGAAGGCGCUUGUUUCCGAAAUCGUGGGUAACCUGAGCAAUCGUCUCAAGUCUUUCGGAAUCAAGGUGCGAGAAUUGACUGGCGACGUCUCACUGAGCAAGGCUGAAAUAGAGGACACGCAAAUCAUCGUGACGACGCCUGAAAAGUGGGACAUUAUCACGCGCAAGUCGGGUGACCGCACGUACACGCAGCUGGUGAAGCUCAUCAUCAUCGAUGAGGUGCACCUUUUGCACGACGAUCGCGGUCCAGUACUUGAAUCGAUUAUCGCCAGGACGGUACGACAGGUCGAGUCGACGCAAGAGAUGGUGCGAUUGGUCGGUCUUUCGGCGACGCUUCCGAAUUUUGAGGAUGUCGCGACCUUCAUGCGCGUGCACCCGGAGAAGGGCUUGCACGUGUUCGAUGGUACGUUCCGACCGUGCCCGCUGCAGCAGCAGUACAUCGGCGUCACCGUGAAGAAACCACUGCAACGCAUGCAGCUCAUGAAUGAAAUUUGCUAUGAAAAGGUUAUGGAAAGCGCUGGUAAGCACCAAGUGCUCGUCUUCGUACAUAGUCGCAAAGAUACGGCAAAGACCGCGAAGGCUCUUAGGGAUUUAGCCAUGGAGAAUGAGACGCUCGGCAAAUUGAUGCGAGACGAUUCAGCGAGUAGAGAGAUUCUCCUUACAGAGGCGGAGACGGUAAAGAGCUCGGAGCUCAGAGAUCUGCUGCCGUACGGCUUCGCGAUUCACCACGCUGGGAUGAACCGGGCCGAUCGUACUUUGGUCGAAGAGCUCUUUGCUGACGGCCACGUCCAAGUGCUAGUCUCAACGGCGACGCUCGCGUGGGGGGUCAACCUUCCCGCGCACACCGUCAUCAUCAAGGGCACGCAAGUGUACAACCCUGAGAAGGGAGGUUGGGAUGAGCUCAGUUUUCAAGACGUCAUGCAAAUGAUGGGUCGCGCCGGCCGGCCGCAGUUCGAUACAUUCGGUGAGGGCAUCAUCAUAACGCAGCACUCCGAGUUACAGUAUUACCUGUCGCUGUUCAACCAGCAACUUCCGAUCGAGUCACAGUUUAUCAAGCAGCUCGCAGACGCUCUGAACGCUGAAAUUAUCCUCGGGACGGUUCAAAAUGUUCGAGAUGCCGUGAUUUGGCUGGGUUAUACGUACUUAUUUGUCCGUAUGCUCCGAAAUCCGACUUUGUACGGCGUCGCGUUCGACGCCGUCGAGGACGAUCCCGUGCUCGAGCAACGCCGAGCAGAUCUGAUUCACACGGCAGCGGCGCAGUUGGAUAAGAGUGGGUUAAUUCGGUACGAUCGACGAAGCGGUGCGUUGCAAGGGACGGAUCUGGGUAAGAUUGCCUCGACGUACUACGUCUCUCACGGUACUCUCAUGGCGUUCAAUCAGCACUUGAAGCCGACGAUGGGUGACAUCGAGCUUUGUCGCUUGUUCUCUCUCGCAGAGGAGUUCAAGUACAUCAGUGUGAGACAAGAGGAGAAGAUGGAACUAUCAAAGCUGGCAGAGCGCGUUCCGAUACCCGUGAAGGAGUCUAUCGAGGAGCCGACGGCGAAGAUCAACAUCCUCCUUCAGGCGUACAUAAGCAACAUGCGACUCGACGGUUUCGCACUGAUGUCUGACAUGGUGUACGUCACUCAGAGCGCCGGGCGCAUCUUGCGUUGUAUUUUCGAAAUCGUUCUCAAGAAGGGCUGGUCGCAGCUCGCUGAGAAGUCAUUGGCGCUUUGCAAGAUGUGCGCUCGAAGGACUUGGGCGUCGCAGACUCCGCUGCGUCAGUUUGCGGCGAUUCCGUUGGAUACACUGCAAAAGAUUGAGCGCAAGGAUUUGAGCUGGGAUAGAUACUAUGAUUUGAGUAGUCAGGAAAUCGGUGAGCUCAUGCGAGCGCCAAAGAUUGGCAAGUCCUUGCACAGAUUUAUCCACCAAGUGCCCCGCUUGGAGCUCGCGGCACACGUGCAGCCUAUCACUCGUAGCGUUCUCAAGGUGGACUUGAGUAUCACUCCAGAUUUCAUCUGGGACGAAGAGCAUCACGGCUACGUGCAAGGUUUCUGGAUCAUCGUCGAGGACAAUGACGGAGAGAAUAUUCUUCACCACGAGUACUUCCUUCUCAAGGCGCACAACGCAGAGGAAGAGCACGGACUUUCGUUCACCGUUCCGCUGUCAGAUCCGCUCCCGCCGCAGUAUUUCAUUCGCGUCGUGAGCGACACGUGGUUGGGCAGCGAAACGGUGAUUCCGGUGUCGUUCAAACACUUGAUGUUGCCGGAGAAAAAUCCGCCUCCGACCGAGCUCUUGGACUUGCAGCCUCUCCCAGUGAGCGCCCUCAAGUCGGACGGUUUCGACAAGCUCUACGCCGGACGCUUCACGCACUUCAAUCCGAUUCAAACGCAAGUGUUCCAGUGCUUGUACAAAACGGAUGAAAAUGCUCUGGUCGGCGCGCCGACAGGCAGCGGUAAGACGGUGUGCGCGGAGUUUGCCAUCAUGCGGUCGCUUACUUCGGAGCGAGGCGGACGUUGCGUGUACAUGGCCCCAACGGAGACGCUUGCGGACGAGAGAUACGAUGAUUGGAGUGAGCGUUUCGGUGAAUUGGACGUGGCCGUAACCAAGCUCACGGGUGAAACAACGGCGGACUUGAAGCUUCUUGAGAAGGGACAGAUUAUUGUGACGACGCCUCAGCAAUGGGACGUGAUCAGUCGUCGUUGGAAGCAGCGUAAGAACGUGCAGACCGUGUCGCUCUUCAUCGCAGACGAGCUUCAACUCAUCGGCGGUUCCAUGGGACCGACGAUGGAAGUUGUUGUGUCGCGGAUGCGCUACAUGUCAAGUCAGCUCGCAAAUCCUGUGCGAGUAAUUGGUCUGUGCGCAUCGCUUGCGAACGCACGAGACUUGGGCGAAUGGAUCGGCGCCGCGUCGCACACGCUCUUCAACUUCUCCCCUGGUGUUCGCCCGGUGCCGCUUGAGAUUCAUUUCCAAGGUGUGGAUAUCAUCAACUUCGAGGCACGUAUGCAAGCCAUGGCGAGGCCAGUGUAUGGUGGCAUCGCGAAUCACUGUCGACGAUCUGAGCCGACGAUCGUCUUCGUACCGACGCGCAAGCACGCGAAGUUGGCGUCUCUGGACUUGCUCGCGUUCGCCGCCGCUGAGGGGCAACCAAACAAGUUCCUCCAGGUCGAGGAGAGCGAUCUCGAGCCGUACUUACAGCAAAUCUCGGACGCGUCCGCCCGCCACGCGCUCACGUUCGGUGUUGCGCUGAUUCACGAGGCGAUGAAUUCCAAAGAGCGCAAGGUGAUCGAACGCGUAUUCGCUGUCGGCGCGGCUUCGGUUCUCGUCUCCACCGCGCCGUUGGCUUGGGGCCUCACGACUCCCUGCAAGCUCGUCGUCAUCAUGGGGACGCAGUACUACGACGCCGGUGGCGCGGGUGCGGCGGACUAUGCCGUCACAGAUCUACUCCAGAUGAUGGGCCGAGCUUCGAGACCUGGUAUUGACGACGCUGGUGUCUGCCUGCUCUUGUGCCACGCGCCGAGGAAGGAGUACUAUAAGAAGUUCUUGUUCGAGCCGUUCCCGGUGGAAUCGCACCUGGACCACUUCUUGCACGACCCAAUGGUUGCGGAAAUUGUGACUCGUACGAUCGAGACCAAGCAAGAUGCCGUCGACUACAUCACGUGGAGCUUCUACUACCGACGUCUGACGCAGAACCCGAACUAUUACAACCUCACUGGCGUGUCACACCGCCAUCUCUCCGAUGCACUCUCCGAGUUGGUGGAGACCGUACUCGGGGACCUGGAGGCGAGCAAGUGCAUCAGUAUCGAGGACGAUAUGGACUGUGCGCCUCUGAACUUGGGGAUGAUAUCGGCGUACUAUUACAUCACGUACACCACCAUUGAGCUCUUCGCCGCGUCCCUCACGGCGAAGACCAAGCUCAAGGGCUUGCUCGAGAUCGUCGCCGGUGCGACGGAGUUCGAGGCGUUCGCUGUGAGACCUGGAGAGGCGGAGAUGAUUCGCCGUAUUUUGAAUCACGCCCCGAUCACGCUCUCGAGUAACAAGGCGACGGACCCGCACGUCAAGGUUGCCGCACUUCUUCAGGCGUACUUUGGCCGCGGCGCGCUCCACGGGGAUUUCGUCCAGGAUUUGCAGAAGAUUCUCCCCGACGCCACACGAUUGCUCCAAGCAAUGGUGGACGUCAUUUCAUCGAACGGCUGGCUCGGCCCGGCCCUGUCCGCGAUGGAACUGUCACAGAUGAUGGUCCAAGGCAUGUGGGACAAGGAUCCGGUGGUGAUGCAGCUGCCGAACAUCACCAAGGAGACGGGUCGACGAUGCCUGGCCGCGGGCAUUGAGAGCGUGUACGAUUUGAUCGAUAUGGAAGACGACGAUCGACGAGAGUUGCUUCAGCUCAGCGACGAGCAGCUCGAAGAAGUGGCCGAAGCCGCGAACAGAUAUCCGAGCAUUGAAGUCGCGUUUGACGUCACCGAUCCCGACAACGUCACCGCGGGUGACGCGGUGGAGAUCGUCGUCAAUCUCGAGCGCGAGGGCGAUGAAGAACCGGGCCCGGUGUAUGCACCGAAUUAUCCGACCCGAAAAGAGGAAGCGUGGUGGCUCGUCGUCGGCGAUGUAAAGAAGGGUACGCUCCACGCGAUUAAGCGCAUCACGCUUGGCAGAAAGCAAAAGGUCAAGCUCGAGUUCGCCGCGCCCGAGCAGGUGGGCAAGGCUGACUUGACGCUGUAUUUCAUGUGUGAUUCGUACAUGGGAUGCGACCAAGAGUACGAGUUCUCGCUGGAUGUCAAGGAAGGCGAAGACGACAGCGACGAUGACGCGAUGGAAUAA